CUUCUCUGGUUUUGGCCCUGUUGAUCCCAAGAUGCAGAAAUUUUGGCUUCGGUCCAACCCAACGCCCUAUGAUAACGGGUGGGCCUCGAUAACCAUGAUAGCCAAUCUCACAUGCGCAACCAUUGCUUAGCUGCAUCGCAUCAUCUUCAUCCACAGUUGCGAUGUGUUGCUCGUGCUUUUUUCGGUAUACUCUCGCAGUAAUGCCUUCUACAAAUAAGAGCCCAAGGCCACUUUGUGGUCUACUUGUCAUGCGCGUACACAGGCCGAAUCGAGCAGUCACAUUGUGAUUUGUAUUUUUUAUUUUUCCAUGGCUGAAGAAAAGAAGAUCAACCAGACGGUUGAUGCCGAGCUGAGCAAGUCAAAUGAAUCAAUCGCAGAGGGUGUAGUCGUCGAGGAGAAGUACGCAGACGAGACACUCCGAUUGGUGCAAGAAUAUGGAGACAGCUUUGGUCCCCUUACGCCCGAGGCGGACCGGAAACUAAGAUGGAAAUUGUACCGAUGGAUUAUGGGCUUCGUGCUUGUUAUCAACCUCAUGCUUUUCAUUGACAAAGCUACCUUGGCUUAUUCCUCUUUGCUGGGUCUUUUUCAAGAGGUUCAUAUUACCGACCAGCAGUACGAUAACCUCAACACCAUCUUCUACACCGCAUACCUUGUCGCGCAAUGGCCUGGCCACUACCUCAUGCAACGUCUGCCCUUUGGCAAAUUCGUUGCCGGUACCGUUUUUACCUGGUCCAUCCUCAUUUUUCUCCACUGCACGGCCACCAAUUACGGGGGUCUCAUCGCCUUGCGGUUCUUCCUCGGUGCAACUGAAUCCAUUCUCGUGCCUGCGAUGGAGAUUACCAUGGGAAUGUUUUUCAUCAAGGAAGAGCAAGCCAUUGUGCAGCCUCUUUUCUGGAUUACCUGCAUGGGUUGCAACAUCCCGGCCGGCUUUGUCGCCUAUGGUCUCCUUUACAGCAAGAGUCACAUCCUGCCAUGGAAAUUCUUCAUGAUCAUUACCGGCGGAAUCACCCUCUUCCUUGCUAUUGCCUGCUUCAUCUGGUAUCCCAACAACCCUGCGCAGGCUCGCUUCUUGACCCUAGAAGAGCGCGUCCACGCAACCCGCCGCGUCCAUGAGUCCAACCGCGGCGCUAUCGAACAAAAGCAAUUCAAAAAGUCCCAAUUCAUCGAGGCCAUCCGAGACCCUUUGACUUGGCUCUUUGGCCUGCAGUCGUUUGCCCUCAUGAUCGCCAAUAACCUCGCCUACCAGCAAAAUCUGCUUUUCCUCGGCAUUGGUGUUUCAAACCUUGGUUCGACGCUCGUUGGUGUCGCAGGUUCAGGCUUCUCCGUCGUAUGCUGUAUCAUUGCGGCUUUUCUGAUUCGGCGUUUCCCGAACAACAACGCUUAUUUCGGCGUGUGGUGGUGCAUUCCCGCAAUUGUGGGCGCCAUCGUCGUUGUCACCUUGCCCUGGUCUAAUCGUGUCGGCAUUCUGGCGGGCAUCUUGCUUGCAGGAGGCACCUUUGGUAUAACUUACAUCAUCGCCCUGGGCUGGACGACGUCUAGCGCCUCCGGCUACACCAAGAAGCUCACACGCAAUGUCUUAUUCAUGGUCGGUUACGGCAUUGCCAACAUCAUCUCGCCCCAGAUCUGGCGUCAAAAGGACGGACCUCGUUAUUAUUCCGCCUGGAUUGUCCAGAUCGUUAUCAGCUGGGUUGGAUGCCCUGUGAUUCUUCUCAUCAUUCGAUUCAUCCUCGCUCGUCGUAAUGUCGAGCGCCGCAAGUGGAUCGCCGAACAGGAGGCCCAGGGUCAUCAUGGUGAAGGAUAUGUCGAGGAGCUGGACGAGUCAGGCAAUCUUGUCAAGAAGAAGGUUGACAUUGCUCUGCUGGACUUGACGGAUCUGCAGAAUAAAUAUUUCAUCUAUCCUUUGUAGAGGUCCUCGAGAUUGCUUGGGUUGUUAUUUUAUGGGUUUUGGGAUAUUAUAUGGAUACGGGAAUUUUCUUUGCGUUUGAUACCUUUGUCAAUAAAAUUGGGAAAAAUCUAAGUCUGAAACCUUGAGGCAUG